UUUCCCCAAAACGUAUUCCACUGCGCCGCACAAAGACCAGCGUGCAGUCGCGGUCUCUCCUCCACGCCGUGAACGCGCAGCGCCCGCACGACUCGCUCCCGGUCUUGGAGCCAAAGUCCGCGGCGCAUGAACCUGCGUAGCUUCGGGGGCACUUUUCUCGGGCGCGCGCGCACCUCUCCGCCGUCCGCCGUCCGCCGCCGUUCUCCAGCAGCACGAAAACCGCCGGGACCCGUGAGGAGCGAAGCUGCGGGAGCGGUGCGGGAGACUUUUUCUUUUUUUUUUGCCACCAUGAGCGCGCGACCCGUCAACCUCGAUACCUACAGCCUGUCGCUGCUCACGGCCAAGGAGGACAUCGUGAACCCGCGCUCCUCCACCAACUGGGCGUUAUUCGCAUAUGAUGGAGUUACCAACAACCUCAAGCUGGCUGACUCUGGAGCUGGUGGAGCGGCGGAGCUGGCGGCGAAGUUUCACGUCUCCAGGCCCGAGUACGGGCUGUGCAAGAUCCAGACAGCCGAGACAGGAAGCCCCCGGAUUGCUUUGUUCAGCUGGGUCGGCCAAAGCGUGGACGACUACAGGAGGGCAGAAUGCGCCAGCCACAUUCCGGCCAUCAAGAGCUUCUUCAAGGAAGCUGCGGUCUUUAUAAAUGCAGAGAAGGUGGAGGAUGUGACGGAGGAGAAGAUACGCUCCGAGCUCCUCAGGACCAGUGCCCAUGCUUCCUCGCAGUGGGCGAGGAGGAGCUCCAGGUCUGUUGACAACGAGGAGAUAGUGGGAACAAACUACAGAAAAACCAAUGCUGCCAUGGAGAUGAGACUAAUAAACAGAGACUCCUUCUGGGCACGUGCAGAGCGUGAAGAGGAGGAGAGAAAGGACGAAGAGCGGCGACGGGCGUUGGAGGAGAGACGGCGUCUCGAAAGAGAGAGGGUCAUGAAAGAACGGAGGGAUGCAGAAGAGAGAGACAGAAAAAUGGACGAGAAACUGCAAAUGAUUGAGGAGCAGAGAAGACAGGAAGCUGAACAAGAAGAGGAGUUGCGAAAAAAGGAGAAAUUUAAAUGGGAGCAGCAGCAGAGGGAGCACGAGGAGGAUAUGAGGGCUCGUCUGCGAAGGAGCGAGUCCAUAGAGAAAGCAGCAGAGGCGGCAGCAUUGGUGUCCCAGCGAUCCAUGAACCCGCGGGAGUUCUUCAGGCAGCUGUCGUCCUCGUCCUCGCCGAGUCCCACCAGUCCCGGCUCCUCCCGUAGCGGCAAACCGUUCCGACGCUACCAGCGCAGCCUGACGGACACGGCCUUCAUAUUCUGCAAGGCGGAGGAGGGCACCGCCUCCUCCCCUCGCAGCCCCCCCCUCGUCUCCCCCUUCUCCCGCUCCCCCCGCUCGCCGUUCUACCGCGCCACCUCGCCCCCCGCGAGCCCCGAUUUCCGCCCCGCCGCGUCCCCGCUCGGGCCCAGAGCCCCGGUGUCGCCGCCCGCGUCGCCCGCUCGCCCCCCGUCUGCGGGCCUGCAAGCUGACAACCGGGUCCAGGCUGCCGUGGAGCCCAGAGCCCCAUCACCCACAGAACCUUCUGCACCUCCGGCCUCCCCCACUCUCCUGGUCCCCUCCUCCCCUACAUUGGUAACAAACAGUCUUUCCCAGUCACGCUCAGAGGACCUGCCCGCUCCCCCCCCAAGCUCUCCAACGCUAGCGCAUGCCGCCUUCUGUUUUGCGGCUGAUUUACCACCACAGGCUCUAAAUGCUCCUCCUCCUGAGAAACCACAGUCAAACACAGACCUGGGCGGUGCCAGUCAUGUGCACGCGGACGCCAGCUACUUGGCCCAGGCCGUGCUGGUGGAGGAAGAUGAGGAGGAGGAAGAGGAGGCGGAGGAGCGCGAGGACGACGCACCUGAAACCCGACCGCCAGCUUCAGCCGCUUCCACAGAAUCAGCCCAGACUGAGGCAGAGGAGCAGGAGGAGGGAGAAAGGGGGGAGGAGGAGGAACAAGGAGAGGAAGAGGAGAAGGAAGGCGAGGAGGAGGCAGGAUCAAAACAGGAAGCUGAGGCUUCGCCACCAGAGGAGCCGGAGGAGGAGGUGGAGGAGGAAGAGGAGGCAGACGAGGAUCAAGAGGAGAACGACGUAUCAGAAGCCAGUCAGGCUCCUGCUGAGCUUCCAGAAGUCACCGAACCUCUUUGGGAGGAAAUCAAACACGAGCCUGUCGUCCUAACAGCCAAUGGGAUCACAAACGGAGACGACGUCCAGGAACAGAAUGGCACAGAGCGAUCCUUGAGUCCAUCGGACACAGAGCUCACCUCACAGGUGCUGUCUGCGUGCUACAACCUUCACGUCACGCCAGAGGAGGACGAUAUCGAUGAGAAUGAGGAGGAAGAUAAGGAGGAGGAGGAGGAGGAGAUCUCUGAAAAUGGGAAAGAGGUUUUAGCCAAGCGGCAAAUGUGCGUCCGAGCUCUGUAUGACUACCAAGCAGAGGAUGAAUCGGAGAUCUCCUUUGAACCCGGUGACAUCAUCACAGACGUGGAAGCGGUGGACAAAGCCUGGUGGAGGGGAUGGAGCAAAGAUGGCCGCCAGGGCUUGUUCCCUGCCAAUUAUGUGGAGACCAUAUAGACACACACACACACACACACACACACACACACACACACACACACACACACACACACAUACACACACACACACACACACACACACACACACACACACACACACACACACACACACACACACACACACACACUCAGGGACACCAUCUUCCCUCACAUUUAUGCAUGUUUUUACCUUAAUCUUCCUACUGAAACUUUGUACUCUCUGAUUUGUAGGAAGGAUAAAGGAAGAAUGACUUUUCUUGCAGAAAAACAAAAUAUUGUCACAAGUAUAUGGGAAUUAGCCAGUCUCAUAGCAAAAACCCUUUUCCUGGACCAAAAUAACUUAUUUCCUUUUGAGAUACAGUAGGAAUGUUGGCGGGAGGGAUCAGAUCACGGUGACAAAUGAUCACAAACUUUCCUUCUCUUGUAAGAAACACAAACAGAUUUUCAUAGUCUAUAGUCUCCUGUUUGAUCCACACAAAUAACAAGCGUUCCAUUCUGUUCACUGUUUGCUAAAAACUCAUUUACUGCUCUUGACUGGUAAAUAUAAUCAAGACUCAUGUAUCAGGCAUCGUGUUAUAAUCACCUUCCUGCAUGUUCCUGAGUUAUUCCGCAGCAUUGUGUUUGUUACUGACAGUCUCACUCAUACUUUAAUUUCACAACACAACAAAAGAUGCACAGACAAAGGAGAAAGGAACUGUGUUGACUUGUGUAUUUCUAUCACCUCUUAACAUGGCUGGGUGUUGUUUAUAUGGUGAUCUUCUCUGAUAUGUUUUGAUUAUGUCUAAUCUUACUUUUCCUAGUUUUUAAGAAAUUGAUUUAAGACCACCAGUUAUACAAGAUCCAGUCGUACUCUUCUGUGACAUGCUUAAUACUUUACACUGUACAUAAGAAUGUAUAAAAACAUCCUUCUUUUCUAUAUUUGACUUGUAUGUUUGUGUUGUAUGUUCCUUGGUCAUAUGUAUGUUCUGUGUAUUUACGCCACGCUUACCAAUAUAUUGCUUUUUGCAGUAUAGUCUGCCCAUAAAAGGACUUCAGAC